AACCAUGAUAUGGACAGGUUUCACUUGCAUAUUUUUGCUGUCGCCUAUGUUUAGUAUCAUAAAACAUACUAAAGGGUAUGAAAAUAUUGCGCUUGGGAAAAACACGUGGCAAUCCACUUCAUUCGGAAAUCAUACAUCUGACAAGGCAGUAGAUGGAUUAAAGACUAACCUCUCUGGUCCUGGAAACCAAUGUAGUAUAUCAAAUAAUAGACAAACAAAAGCUGAGUGGGGGGUAAAUCUGGAUAAUAUACUCAGUAUUCGAUCUGUUGUGAUAUACUACAGAACAGAAAAUAGCAUUUGGGACUCCAGUAACCAAUACCCCGGUAGAUUUUUGGGAUUCUCCCUCUACAUUUCCAAUUCAACUCAACGGAACGAUGGCCAUUUGUGUUUUAAUGACACAAACUAUACAGUAAAAACGAUUCCACCCGUUGUGACCAUAAUCUGCCCUGUAAACGGACAGUACGUUAUAUAUUAUAAUGAAAGACUAGACGGAAUAUCAUACCCAGUUGACUAUUCCGAAUAUGCUUUCAAUGAAUUAUGUGAAGUCGAAGUUUACGGCUGUCCCUUGCCAGGCUUCUAUGGAAAAAAUUGUGACCAACCCUGUCCUAGCAACUGUCGAUUUUGUCAUAUAGACACAGGAAUAUGUCAAUCAUGUAAACCAGGUUUUCAGGGAUAUCAAUGUGAACUUCCCUGUGGUGUCCGAAACUAUGGUCAAUUCUGUUCAAAGCAUUGUGGGAACUGUACUUACGGGGAAAGGUGUCAUCCAGUGACUGGAAUCUGUACAAACGGAUGUGACGUAGGAGUUUAUGGCAGCACAUGCAAAACAGCCUGUCCUGUGGGAUAUCAUGGAAGGAAUUGUACUGAGGUUUGUGGCCACUGCGAUUUAUGUGACAGAUUUACUGGGAAAUGCACUACUCAUUGCUAUGCUGGUUGGAAAGGAGUCACCUGUAAUGAAGAAUGUGACAACGGCCAAUAUGGUAAAGAUUGUGAGGAGAAAUGUAAAAAUUGCAGAAAUGAAACACAGUGUAAUCAUAUAAAUGGAUCCUGCUCACAUGGUUGUAAACCUGGUUACAUGGGAGACAGUUGUUCACAAGUUUUUAUACUUUUAAAAAGCAAGAAAAUAAAAAGAGUACAAAUACAGAAGACUUAUGAGGAAAAUGACGAUUCUAGCAAAACCAAUGAUAUACAUGUAUAUGAAAGCACCGGGAACGGUACCAACAAUCGAUAUGAAGAUGUUGAAGAUCUGAGUCAACCAUCUAACUAUGAGGACAUGUUAAGUCCUUUGUAA